GGUGGAGGCGGCGGCGGAAGAGGGCGGAGGGUAGUGGAAUGGGGGUCCCGCGGCAGCGCUGAAAGUCCGGGUGGGCGUCCAUGGCGCUGCUUCGCUGACAGGACCGAGAGCAGCCUGCCUUCCGCUCUCACCAGAUCCGCGUCGGAAUAGCCGGUUCUUCCCCGGGGAGCCAGUUCCUCCCUGGCCCCUGAGCCAUGCCCAUCGCGGCCGCCCCAGACGAGCCAGGUGUAAAUUAAUUAUCUGAAAGUAAUUGAGCGAUGGAGCCAGACAUCAUUCGAAUGUACUCUUCAUCUCCACCACCACUAGACAAUGGAGCUGAGGAUGAUGACGAAGAUGAAUUUGGGGAAUUUGGUGGGUUUUCAGAAGUUAGCCCCUCUGGUGUAGGGUUUGUUGAUUUUGAUACACCAGAUUAUACUCGUCCCAAGGAAGAAUUUGUACCUUCAAACCAUUUUAUGCCAAUUCAUGAUUUCUCAGAAGAUGUAGAUAGCCUUACAAGCUUUAAAUCCAUUAAAAAUGGUAAUGAUAAGGACAUCACUGCUGAAAUUUCUUCUGUGAAAGAACAGUCUGAUGUUUUACUUUCAACCACCAGCAAAGAAAUAAUAUCAUCUAAAACUUUAGAUACUUCUGUUGAUGGUAUGGAAAGUUCAGUAGAUUUAAAUAAAACAGUGGAGCAGAGACAGAAUAUUGAAACAUCUGAAAGUUUCUGUCCAGGAGAUUUUAGAACUGAUAUGAAUGUUCAUCAAACCAAGCAGUUAGAGAGCUGCAAUGGUGAAAAGCCUCCUUGUCUGGAGAUUCUAACAAAUGGGUUUACAGUGUUGGAAACUGUAAAUCCUCAGGGAACAGAUGAUCUAGACAACGUAGCUGAUUCAAAAGGACAAAAGCCUCUUAGCAUUCAUAGUACUGAAUAUAAUUUAGACCACACACCUAGGCCUACUGAGGAAUUUGCAGAUUUUGCCACAUUUUCAAAAAAUGAGAGGAUACAACUAGAAGAAGUAGGAUGUGUAGUUUUAAAUGACAGAGUUGCCCUAACCAUUCAGGAAAAUGGUAAAAUUAAUAGAGUCAGUGAACUGAAUUCUGUAAAAGAAGUAUCUUUGGGUAAAAGCAUUGUCAAUAAAGGAGACACUGAUGGAGAGGAGCAGCCUUGUGUUUCAGAAGUAAACAUGAGUAACAGCAGUUUCGGUACUGAAAAACAAGGCCUUCCAACAUUGCAACCGGAUGAAUUUCUGAAUUCAGGCAUCCAAUCAAAGGGUUGGAGUUUGGUGGACUCAGUUGAUAAUUCAAAAACCAAUAAGAGCGAAGAAUGUAAAACUGAGGAAAAACUUGACUUAUUUACUCCUAAAUGUUCAGGCUUAUGUGUGGAUGCAAUUAAAACUUCUGAUGCUGAUGAUGAAGGUGGUUCUUCCAAAGAAGAAAAUAGAAAUUUUAUUAAUUCCCAGAACCCCAGUAUUGACCCCACAGAAGAAAGUGUUUUGGAUGAUUCUAUAAGUGUAAAAAAUGAUGAUAGUAGUAACGACUUUGUGACUUGCAACAAUACCAACGAGGAUGAUUUUGGUGACUUUGGCACAGCUAGUGGCACAACUCCACCUUUUGUUAGUGGUACUCAAGACUCAAUGAGUGAUGUCACUUUUGAAGAAUCCUCAGAGCACUUUCCACAUUUUGGUGAACCGGGUGAUGACUUUGGAGAAUUUGGGGAUACAAAUGCUGUUUCUUGCCAAGAGGAAAUUAUAUUUACUGAGUCAGAUCUAAACCAGACUUCUGAGAGCUUAUCAGAAGGAUGUAAAUUGGCAAGAAAGUCUACUGGGACAGGCACUGAACCUCUGUCAGAACUGAAAAUUGGGCAAGAAGGUGAGUUUGGAGAUUUUGAUUCUGUGCCAAAUACUCAAGAUGACUGUAGUACUUUCCAGGACUCUGAUGAUUUUGCAGACUUCAGUUCGGCUGGUCCUAGCCAAGUUGUAGAUUGGAAUGCUUUUGAAGAUGGGCAGAAAGAUAGUUGUUCUUGGGCUGCUUUUGGAGACCAACAGGCUACUGAAUCUCAUCAUCGAAAGGAGGCCUGGCAGUCACAUAGGACAGAUGAAAAGAUUGAUACUCCAGGAACCCCCACAAUGCACCGCGUCCCUCUGACAACUCCCAAAGGAGCAGUUGUUGGUGACCAUUUACAAGAAUCAGCCACUUCAGUUCAGACAGCUUUAUUAAACCGCCUGGAGAGAAUUUUUGAAGCAUGUUUUCCUUCCAUAUUUGUUCCUGAUACUGAAGAGGAAGUUUCUUCCCUAAAGCACUUGCUGGAAAAGAGCACUUUGCAAAUAAAAACAAAAGAGGCCUUAGCUGAAAGUGGGGAACUGCUGGAUGUAUGGACCGAGCUACAGGAUAUCCACGAUGCACAUGGUUUACAGUAUCAGUGGGGUGGCUCCCAUAGCAACAAGAAGCUUUUGUGCUCCUUGGGAAUAGACACCCGAAACAUUCUCUUCACGGGCAAUAAGAAGCAGCCUGUUAUAGUGCCCAUGUAUGCAGCAGGGUUGGGUAUGUUAGAGCCCACCAAGGAACCAUUGAAACCAUUAUCUGCUGCAGAAAAAAUUGCUUCCAUUGGUCAGACAACCACCAUGUCACCAGAAAUGAACACAUGUGCAUCUGACCAAUUCCAGGAUUCUCUACCACCCGUCCAGUUUGACUGGAGUAGCAGUGGCCUUACUAACCCUUUAGAUGCUAGUGGAGGUUCCACUCUUCUGAACCUUGAUUUCUUUGGGCCCGUGGAUGACAGUAGCUCUAGCAGCAGCACCACAAUCCCAGGUGUGGAUCCAGAGUUAUAUGAGUUAACAACUUCUAAGCUGGAAAUCUCCACCUCAAGCCUCAAAGUAACUGAUGCUUUUGCAAGACUUAUGUCCACAGUGGAGAAGACAAGCACAUCUACCAGGAAACCGAAGAGAGAAGAGCACCUGAGUGAAGAAGCCAUCAAGGUGAUUGCUAGCCUUCCUGACUUAGCGUUCAUGCAUGCCAAGGUGUUGAUGUUCCCCGCCACGUUGACGCCUUCCGCGAGCUGCCAGGAAAAAGCAGACUGAUAACUUGUGAAUUGGACAGUUUCAAUUGCUUUUCCUUCCCUCCAUCCUUCCCUACCACCAAAAGCAUACCUGCUCUAAUUAAAAAAAAUUCAGCUGAUUUGUUGGUAAGCCUCACUAGAAAGGUAUACAUAGUAAUGUAUAUUUAUAUACAUACUGAAGUCCUAAAUUUAUAUUAGAAAACAAUGUAAAUAAUCGGGGGUGAACAUUUUUGAAGAUUUAUUCUUUUUGUGUUGCUGGGGUGUAUACAUUUAUGUCUUUGUGAAAUACACUGGUGGUGUCCUUCUUACAAAACUUUUGAAAUAAAAAAAGAAAAUUAAAAACUCAAAUCUUCACUGUCUGAAAUCCCCUUCAGUCUUUUCAGAUUGCAUUGAAUGUGCUAUUAAUUUUUCAUAUCAUAUGUUGAAAUACUUUUGCUCUCAUAAGUAAGCUCCAAAGUCUCCAUUUAAAUGUGUGUGUGUGUGUGUGUGUGUGUGUGUGUGUGUGUGUGUGUGUGGUGUGGUGGUGGGUUUGUUUCAGAUCUAGCCUUUGUUAACAGUCUUUGCACUCUUUUUUCAAUCUUUUCAAUCUGGAAUAUUGCUGUUUGACCUUUUGCAAGGUACUUCAUCAGCUGCUCUUUGGUAUAGGGCAUGAUCAUUGUUGGAACUUGAUUGGAGGGGGUUGAAGAGAUUGUGUCUGUUUUAAUCCAUUUGGUUUGGAGAAGGACCAAAUUAUAUGAAUGUCUUACAAUGAAAUUUACUUGUUACUGAUUUUUUUGUUCUAUUGUACCACUGUUUUUGAGGAUUUUGCACAGUGUAAAAUGACAUAAUCAUAGAUUGCUAUGGUUUAGGCUGUAUAUACAGUAAAAACUAUGGGUUUUAAAUGUUUGGGGAAAUUCCUAUGGAAAAAAGAGAGACAUGUAGAAGAACCUCUAACAAGGUUAAUGUGCAUGCCAAGGUCUUUUGAGAUGUAAGUGUGUAAAUUUCCUUUUAGCUUACACAAAAAUAAAAUAAUUUAA